CGAAUCGACAUUACAGUCUAGUGGUGGCAAUUCAUGUUGAAAAACAAAUUGCAAUCUAAGAUUAUUUAGCCGCUAAACUUGCUCACCAACUAGAUCAGUCGUGAUCAAGAUUUGUUCGGUUUAAAAUCAUUUCAAUCAUUUUUUUGAAAAAAAAACUUUUCAUAAAUACUUCAACACAAUGGCCCAUUAUGGUAUUCAAGCUGCUGUUACAGCCAAAACUGCCUCCAAACGAUCUCCAAAUGUUGAACAAGCUUUACUCACCUGGGUAUUUGAGAAUAUUGAUGAAAAAGUACCGGAAGGUGUUUCAUAUGAAGAAACAUUGAAAGAUGGUGUCGUUUUGUGUAAAUUGAUGAACAAAAUCAAACCAGGAGCCAUCGAUAAGUUUGCUUCCGGUGGUAGUGCCUAUAUUCUCAUGGAGAAUAUCAAUAAAUUGAAAGCUGCACAAGAUUAUGGUGUUCCACAUGAUCAAUUGUUUCGAACGGUUGAUCUAUUUGAAAAAAAGAAUAUACCCGAAGUGACGGCCGGUAUUAUUAAUUUGGCUCGUGUUGCUUGCAAUAAACCAGAUUACAAAGGCACACAAUUGGAAAAAUGGGUGUUUGCCAACAACUAAAAAAAAAAAAAAAAAUAAUUCGAAUUCAUUAUCCAUAAAAUCACAAACACCACCAAAAUGAUCCCAGCCACUACCACCACCACCAACAUAAUGGAAACAUUCAUCCGGUACUCGAUCCCUUUGUCCUUUCCUCAUAUAUUAUUGUCAUCUCGACAAAUCAAACGAAAAAAAAAAUAAUUUAUAUUUUCAAUCUUAAUAUACUUUUAUUAUUAUUAUUAUUUUUAUGCAUUCAAUUUCAUGCAAACUGAUAAUCAAGAAUUCGAGAAUAAAGAAAAUCUUUGUUGGUAA